AUGGCGGCACGACCGAUUAAGGUAAGUAUGCAUACUGUUAUAUUAUAGCAUUUUAUUUUAGAAUAAAUUUUGAUUUUGGCGUAGUAUUUUCAGGACAUAAGGGUUUUGUUAUCAAUUUUAAGAGCUUAAACUAUCUUUUUAGUACAAGUUUUUCUGGUAUUUUACAGUUAUAACUUGAUCAAGGUAAAAAUUUACUGUUUGGUUUUAUAAUUUGUAAGAUUUGCAUAGCCUUUCACUUGUCUUGAGUGUAUGCAAAUGCGAUCGUUUAUCUUAUUUUUGAGCGCGCAAAAUGCUCCUCUUACGUGAGUGGUGAAUAUAUUUAGACCAAGGUAAGAGAAGCGAGGUACGAAUCUCGGUUGUUUUUCGAUACUCGAAACGCCGAAAUCGGAAUCUACGCAGGAAUCCCGUUUUAUUUGUUUCCGGUGGAUAUUCAUUCCUUUAUUGAUUUCAGGACUUGGUGGCUCUCGUCACUGGCGGUUCUUCUGGACUGGGCAGGGCCACGGUCGAGUAUCUGCACAAUAAUGGGGCCAAGGUGGCCUUGUUGGACUUGGACAAGACUGACGGACCUAACGUGGUCAAGGAGCUGGGCGAGAAUGCCAUCUUCACUCCAGCUGAUGUAAGGGUUUGUGUUUGGAAUGUUAAAUGUAAAAGAAUAUGUAAAAGCUUGUUAUAUAAGGUUUAUAUGUAUUACAUGGGUAACUUUUUUAAAAAUGAACGUAAUUUAGGUAAGAAAAGAAGCUGAUGUAUCAAAGGCGUACGAACAGAUCAAGUCUACCUUUGGUCGAUUGGAUGCCAUUGUUAACUGCGCUGGCAUUGCCUAUGCCUUCAGGACAUAUAACACUGGAAAGAGGGAAAUCAGUCCACUUGACCGUUUCCAACAUACUAUGGAUGUGAGUGUACUAUAUUAUUAAUCAUUAGGAAAAUGUAUUGUUUAGAGAAGAGUGGGGAUGGUAAAGGAUAAGUAUAGAAAUUUUGACAGUUAGUACAUGUGGACCGCAAGGUUAUAAGGAUUAACAGUUUAUUUUUUUAUGUUUUUACCUAAUUUGAAUAUGUAAACCUGCAUUUUAGGUCAAUGUAGCGAACUUUUUCCAGAGCUUUUAUCCUUAG